AUCUAAUUUUUUGGAUUUAAUUGUUUUUCCCGUAAUUUAUAUUUUAUAGUGUUCGUACGAGAUUUUCCGGAGAUUGUUAUAAAUUUGGGAAUUUUAUAAAUAAAAAGAAUCUUCGAAAAUUGUUAUUAGCUCUUUUCUUGGUACUUGAAUUGCUUUUUAUCAAGAAUAUGUUGAACAUGUCGGAAGCUGAGAAAAGGGCAGACGGAGAGAUCUACCGGAAUAUUCCCCGACGAGAUCUGUUGCAGAGUUUCAUGUCCAAGAAACAGAAACUGUCGGUUCAAGAAGGAGCGGUAGAGAUUGAGCUAGACUUAGGGCUUUCUCUCAACGGUAGGUUUGGUGUGGACCCACUUGCCACUAAGAGGCUGCUCGCGCGGUCACCUUCGAUUCCUGACUUCGUGGUCAACGAUGUUAGAUCGGAGCUGAGUAGGACUUUCUCGUUACCGGUGGAGACGGAAGAGUUGAGGAAGAGGAAGGAGUUGCAGAGCUUGAGGAGGCUUGAGGCUAAGAGAAAGAGGUCAGAGAAGCAGAGAAACGCGAGGGAUCAGAAACACAAAGCUGACAAGAUCGUAGAAGAAGGAUCUUCCGGAAGUGGUUCCUCUGGUUUGUCCGAACUCGACACCGCCCCUCCUCCUGUUCAAGCAACAACGAACAAGCCCAAAGAAACAAGCCCAGCAAGUGCUCAACCUUUGCCGGCGGCUAGAAACAUUAUAGAAGACAUGCCAUGCGUGUCGACCACAGGCGAUGGACCCAACAGAAAAAAGAUCGAUGGGUUUCUUUAUCGGUACAUGAAAGGUCAGGAGGUGAGGAUUGUCUGUGUGUGCCACGGUAGCUUCCUAACGCCUGCAGAGUUCGUUAAGCAUGCUGGUGGACGUGACGUGACACAUCCCUUAAAGCACAUUGUUGUAAACCCAUCUCCCUUCUUGUGACCAUUAUGGUCUCUCUUUGGGACAAGUAUGUUUACCAAAUUGUUGUAUUCAUUCGGAACAAAUGUUACAACUCGAGGUGUAUAAACAUCAUUUUUUUC